AUGGCUGUGCCGCACGCUGGCGGAAAUCGCAGUGUUCCUCGUGUGGGCUGGGGCGUUGGUAGCUCUGGGGACGGCGGCGGCGCUGGUGGCGACGGCGACGCUGUGGGCGGCGGCGCAGGCGGGCUUCCCGCCGGUGGUGCCGCUGCUGGUGCGGCCGCUGCUGCGGCGGGGGGGCCUGCGUCGCUGCGCCCGCCUCUGACCCCCGACCUGGCUGUGACGAACGGGGAAUUGGUUGCAGUGCCCGCCGAGGCCACGGCGUUCCUGGGGGCCGUGGCCGCGUUCGUGGUGCUGCUGCUGGUCUUCUUCCUGUACCUGAACAAGAAAUGGUGCUUCUACGGCGUGGGCGGCUUCCCGUGCUGCGACGAGCCGCUCGGCCGGGCCGCACGCGCCGCGCGAUCCAAACACCUCGGUGAGUAG